AUGGAGCCACACGGUGGCGCUCGUCCCCUCUCUGAGUGUGACGACCCCGUCGCUUCUGCAGUUGAGCGUCCCGGCUGUGCUCAGGAUGUGUCUGAUCCAGGACAGCACUCGUUCUGGAAACUGAUCUCUCUACCCAAGGUCGGCUUUAUAGUUUUCACCAUCAACUCGCUCAGCUCCUGUUUUGGCUUCCUUGAUCCUACUCUGUCUCUCUUUGUUUUGGAAAAGUUUAAUUUACCAGCUGGAUAUGUGGGACUGGUAUUCCUGGGUUUGGCACUGUCCUACGCCAUUUCUUCACCACUGUUUGGCCUACUAAGUGAUAAGAUGCCCCAUCUAAGGAAAUGGCAUCUGGUUUUUGGAAACUUAAUCACAGUAGGGUGCUACAUGUUCUUAGGGUUUGUUCCAAUUUUGCACAUUAAAAGUCAGCUCUGGCAGCUGGUGCUGGGAUUAGUUGUACACGGCAUCUCUGCUGGAAUGAGUAUAGUUUCAACUUUCCUGGAAAUUCUCAGCUGUGCAUAUGAGAAUGGAUUUGAAGAGGGAGUCAGUACACUGGGACUUGUAUUUAGUGCAAUGUGGUCACUUGGACAGGAUAAAAAAAGGUGUCAGCCACAGUUGCAACUCAGUUUCUACUACUCCCUGAACUCUCUCCCAAUACACCCCAAACACAUGCAGCCCCGCCGAUACUGGACUCGUCUCACCAAGGACAACUACAGCCCUGUCCAGGAGAAGCAGUUCCAGAAGACUGACCUUCAUCUACAUCACCCCUUUUAA